CCUGCUGCAGGUGUGAUGGACAGGUAGCAGAAGAUUUCACUUUGAUAUCAGGGAAUCAGAAUGACCGAGUGCUUCCUGCCUCCCACGAGCAGCCCCAGUGAACACCGUCGGGUAGAACACAGCGGGGGUCUUGCUCGUACUCCCAGCUCUGAAGAAAUCAGUCCUACAAAAUUCCCUGGUUUGUACCGCACUGGUGAGCCUUCACCACCUCAUGACAGCUUGCAUGAGCCUCCAGAUAUAGUAUCUGAUGAUGAAAAGGAGCAUGGGAAGAAGAAAGGAAAAUUUAAGAAGAAAGAAAAAAGAACGGAAGGUUAUGCUGCAUUUCAAGAGGACAGUUCCGGUGAUGAAGCUGAAAGUCCUUCAAAGUUGAAGCGGUCCAAGGGAAUACAUGUCUUCAAGAAACCCAGCUUUUCCAAAAAAAAGGAAAAGGAUUUUAAAAUAAAAGAGAAGCCCAAAGAUGAAAAACACAAGGAAGACAAACAUAAGGAAGACAAGCAUAAAGAGAAGAAGUCAAAAGACUUAACGGCAGCAGAUGUUGUAAAGCAGUGGAAAGAGAAGAAGAAAAAGAAAAAGCCAAUUCAGGAGACAGAGAUACCUCAAGUGGAUGUUCCAAGUCAUAGACCCGUGUUUGGCAUUCCCUUGUCUGAUGCGGUAGACAGGACCAUGAUGUACGAUGGCAUCCGCCUGCCAGCAGUUUUCCGUGAAUGUAUAGAUUACGUAGAGAAGUAUGGCAUGAAAUGUGAAGGCAUCUACAGAGUUUCAGGAAUAAAAUCAAAAGUUGAUGAGCUAAAAGCAGCCUAUGAUCGAGAAGAAUCUCCCAACCUGGAAGAAUACGAGCCCAAUACAGUAGCCAGCUUGCUGAAACAGUACCUGCGAGAACUGCCUGAAAACUUGCUUACCAAAGAGCUAAUGCCUCGCUUUGAAGAUGCUUGUGGAAAGAGCACGGAAGCUGAGAAAGUUCAGGAGUGCCAGAGGUUGCUGAAAGAGUUGCCAGAAUGUAACCACCUCCUGAUUUCUUGGCUGAUUGUGCAUAUGGACCAUGUUAUUGCAAAGGAACUGGAAACAAAAAUGAACAUCCAGAAUAUUUCUAUAGUGCUCAGCCCUACUGUCCAGAUCAGCAACCGUGUCCUGUAUGUAUUUUUUACACAUGUUCAAGAGUUCUUUGGGAAUGUGACCCUAAAGCAGGUGACCAAACCUCUUCGCUGGUCAAAUAUGGCAACAAUGCCAGCACUUCCAGAAACACAAGAAAGCAUCAAAGAAGAAAUCAGGCGACAGGAGUUCCUACUGAACUGUUUGCACAGAGACUUGCAGGCAGGGAUAAAAGACUUAUCCAAAGAAGAGAGACUCUGGGAGGUGCAAAGAAUUUUAACAGCUCUUAAGAGGAAACUAAGAGAAGCUAAGAGACAGGAGUGUGAAACAAAGAUUGCACAAGAAAUUGCUAGCCUUUCAAAGGAGGAUGUCUCCAAAGAAGAAAUGAAUGAGAAUGAAGAAGUUAUAAAUAUUCUGCUUGCACAGGAGAACGAGAUUUUAACAGAACAAGAAGAACUGCUGGCCAUGGAGCAGUUUCUGCGGAGACAGAUUGCCUCCGAGAAGGAAGAAAUAGAUCGCCUUCGAGCAGAAAUAGCUGAAAUACAAAGUCGCCAGCAGCACGGCCGAAGCGAAACCGAGGAAUAUUCUUCUGAGAGUGAAAGUGAGAGUGAAGAUGAGGAGGAACUGCAGGUCAUCCUGGAAGAUUUGCAGAGACAGAAUGAGGAACUGGAGAUAAAGAACAAUCACCUGAACCAAGCAAUUCACGAGGAGCGAGAGGCCAUCAUCGAGCUGCGGGUACAGCUUCGCCUACUGCAGCGAGCUAAAUCGGAGCAGCAGGUGCAGGAAGAAGAGGAGCCAGAAAAACGCGGGGCUGUUUCUCAGCAGCAGCGAGAUGGGGUCCUGGAGACAAAAGCAGCCAAAGAGCAGCCAAAAGCAAGCAAGGAGCAGCAAGUCAAGCCAUCACCCAGUAAAGACCGGAAAGAAACUCCAAUCUGAUCAGGCUCCUGGAGAUGCAUAAAAUCAACUGAACUGUGCAAAUUACUGUAACAUGAGUCAAACUGCACAAAUUAUUGCUGGCUGUGUACAUUCUGUAAAGAAACUUCUCUUCUAAGCCCUGGAGACUUUUGUCUCCUAUACUUGUGGCUUCUGCUCAUCAGACUCAGGUGAGUUUGGAGAGGCCAGAAGAGUUUUCCAGUUAGCAUCAGAUUAUUUCACGACUGGUUUCCUUCAGGUGAUUUAAAGUAAUUCAGUAACAGUUUUAUUUUAAACCAAAAUCUUUACAUUCAU